GCAAUGUUUACGCCUCAGCGACCAAAGACGUCUGGAAGAGGGGAUGUUGCUCAACGAGAACCUAAACAAGCCCGGCCAGCCACGACACCGAGCGUGUCUGGAUGGGUCGCGAGUGUUGAUCGCGAGAACAAAGACUACGCUUGCUUUGUCGAGUACUUUGAGACGCAGCUAGAACACGCCAUCAGGUCGUCCGAGCACCAAGGCAACCCGAAUGGGUUUCGUACCUCUGUUGGUUUCGAGCUGCUGGAUAUGAUCGGUCGGCAAUUCAAUCGCUACGACAACUUACUUCGCACUAUCGUCCGCGAGUGCGAAAAAAGCGUCUACGUCAACCCCGAUGCACUGCGCACGCAACGAGGAACGCCGCUCAAGGCCAGUGAUUACUUUGCGCUGCAGCCGUACUUCGUCGAGCUGCAUGUACAGCGAACAGCCCAACAAGCGGUAGACAAUGACAUCGCCAAGUUGGACGGGCGGCACCAGUUUAUGAUGGGGCAACUCUCCACGAAAGAAAACGUUCUCGAAAGAACCUCGCAGCGCUGGGCCCGAACGAUCUUGUUGCAGGCCUUUCGAACGUGGAAUCGAAUCACGCAAGCAAAGCUAAAAGUGCGCGCUUCGAUGCACAAAGCCAUGGCUCGCUGGAAGAAACGGCACUGUACGAUUCUCCUUCGGGCAUGGCGGCAGGCUGUGGUGUCGGAAAAGCAGACCGCCGCAAGAAAGCGGCUAUCUACCCUCACCAACAACGCAGGCGAUUGCAAAGAGUCGCAGCUUCGGCUGGAAGGAUCAAUCAAGCAGCUUCGCGACGACAUUGCGAACCUCAAGGGCUCCAUUGAAAGCCACACGCUGACGCAAGAUCGUCUCCGCUUCACAUUUGCCGACUUAAAGGAACAAAUAUGGCACAGCCAAGAACGACAGCUUCAAACCUUGUCGAACGAGUGGGGCCGUUUGUGCAUGGCUCUCGUCGAUGCCGAAAUCACGUACUUGAGCUACAUGCUCGCAGCAGUCGACCUGAAAGACUAUUGCGAGCCCACGAUGAUGCUUCGACCGCGAGAAGACAAACUGGAGUUACUGCGCGCCCCCGAAGACGUGAUUGUGCUGCGGUGGGCUAGCUGUAUGUUUCACCGUCACAUCCAGUACAACGAAGACCGCGGGAGUGGAGCGAGCAAGGGAACGUCGUCGAAAACGUCGUCGUUGAAUGCCGCUGCCACGUCUGACGCGGAAUACUCUCGAGUUCAAAACUUUACGUCCGAUCUAAAGGGAAUGCUCGUGCUGGGAUCAAUCUUGCGCGUGAUCAAUCGAUCGGUGAAUCAAUUACCCCACGCACACUCCGCCGUCAGCGACGAUUCGGCCAAGGAGUGGUCUCCAGAACAAAUCCUCCACUACUUGCGCGUGCUGCGGUGCCCAGACUACCUCGUGCAGCACCUCGAAGCCCACCUCGAUAAUCCGUCGGCCGAUAUCAUGUACUGCGUGCUAAGCUAUCUCUGUUGCGAAUACACGUGCAUGGUUCCUGCAGUCUGCCCAUGGCAAGAAGCGCUGCAGUCGCUGCACGACGCCAAAGCGGCAUGGGACAACGUUCGCAAGGGCUGGUCGGAACUCGAUACUCCGUUCGACGUGACCAAGCUGGACCGAUUUGAGCCCGACUCGACCCAUGUAACCGUGGUGGCUGUGGCCAAGGAGUCGUUGCAAAACGCUGUGCAAAUGGUACAAUAUGCGUGUGCCGCCCGCGCAGCCAACAUGCAACUAUGGUCGUGCGUCCAGAAACGCGUGCAUGUAAAAGCGAUCGAGACAAUCCUCCAUCGGGCACGCGUCGGCCUUCCCUUCCAAAUGAUGAACCGGCGCGAGGCUAGAGAGCGCGCCAUGUAUACCAACGUGAGCAUCUCCAAGUUGUCCAAGAUCUUGGACGUCGAUGCGUCGGCCGAAGCUUCCAAGUUGGAGGCGAUCUUGUCCGAUCAAGGACGUCCAGCGCAUCUUCAAGUAUUACGCUGCGAGUGACGUCGGCGAUGCUUGCAGCAUGUCCCUGGAUGAGUUCCACCGCUUUCUCAAAGACUGCAAGUUGUUAGCCAAACCGCUUGGCCUUGCCUAUGUGAAGAAGAUCUUUAACGAGAUCAACGAAGUCGACGAAUCGACGGCUCUGGAGGAAGAUGCUGCCGAGAACGACGACAGCGAAGAGGUGGUGUGUCGAGAUGGCGGCACGCAUCCGUCUGACGCAAGUCGCGGUUUUUUAAUGCAGGGGGAACUCGAAUUUGGCCCG